ACUGCUGAAUCAUUGUCUGCAGCCAUCGUCUAAUUUAAUCUUCUCAUGCAGCAAGGACUUCCACCGCUAAGGGCUGUAUUAGCAUACUGAUCUGACACUUCUGUUUGCUCUGUUGUAUCUAUCUGGGCAGGUUAUUCUCUGAGGACUGUGCAGUGCAGCAGGCUGAGCCUUUCGGAUGGGUAACAUACCCACUACAGUGAAGCACUGUCUGAGCUAUGAGCAACUCAUGGAGGACCACCCCUGGUUGAGACGCUGGCUGCAGGAAGAGAAGAUCAUUACUGAGCAUAAGUAUCCAGAGUUUGUGAAAAUUGUAGAAGUUGGGCCAAGAGAUGGACUUCAAAAUGAAAAGGAAGUUGUUCCAACAAGGGUGAAAAUCCAGCUGAUAGACAUGCUCUCAGAAACAGGCCUUUCUGUGAUCGAGGCCACCAGCUUCGUCUCUUCAAAGUGGGUACCACAGAUGGCAGACCACACUGAUGUACUCCAGGGAAUCCAGAGGGCACCUCAUGUUCAGUAUCCAGUUUUGACACCUAACAUGCAAGGCUUUCAGGAUGCUGUUGCAGCUGGUGCUACUGAAGUGGCAGUGUUUGGGUCAGUGUCUGAAACCUUCAGCAGAAAAAAUAUUAACUGUUCUAUUGAUGAAAGUUUGCUGAGGUUUGAGGAAGUCAUUAACGCUGCCAAAGAGCAAGAAAUUCCAGUCCGCGGGUAUGUCUCCUGUGUUCUUGGGUGCCCCUAUGAAGGACACGUUGAACCUUCAAAGGUUGCUGAGGUGGCAAAGAGGUUAUAUGACAUGGGCUGUUAUGAGAUUUCCCUGGGGGAUACCAUUGGCAUCGGGACUCCAGGUUCCAUGUUUAAGAUGCUGCAAAGUGUAAUGAAGGAUGUGCCUGUCCAUGCCCUCGCAGUUCAUUGCCAUGACACGUACGGACAAGCACUCCCCAACAUCCUUACUGCACUUCAGAUGGGGGUCUCUGUGGUGGACUCUGCAGUAGCAGGCCUGGGAGGUUGCCCCUACGCUGAGGGUUCAUCUGGCAACGUUUCAACAGAGGAUGUUCUUUACAUGCUCCAUGGCAUGGGCAUUGAAACAGGUGUAAACCUGACCAAAGUCAUAGAGGCUGGUGACUUCAUCUGCAACGCUUUAUGUCGCAAGACGAACUCUAAGGUUGCUCAGGCAAAAGGCAGGACACUGUGAUGGGUCACUAAAAACAGAAUAUUCUUACAUGUCCCUUUUCAAGUGCUUACCCUGUUUUUGUUGCCUUCAGAUUUGUUGAUAAGGCUUUAAGUGCAGUCUUAUUUCUGACAUAAGGGUCUGUUCAUGUCUGCAGUUUACAGAUUUAAUCAGUCUACAAGCACCUUAUGAGCAGUUGAAUUUUCAGAUAUUUCAUGUAAUUUUCCACCUUUCUUAGUUUUUGCUCGGUAUAGCUUGAUAUUGUAAAAGCAAAAGCAAAUGCUGUUGGGUUGGAGGAAGCUACAGUUUUUUGUUUUGUUUUGUGAUAAAGCUUUUGGUUGAUAAACGGAUAAGUUAUAAAUACAUACAGCACUGGCUUUUGUAACUACUGCACUUUCCAAUUCUAUUUUAAGACCUUCUCACUUUACUUGGCUUUGACAAAUUUACCAGAAGAUGACACUGUCACUUCAAUUGUUUUGCAUAGCUCAGUGGCCUUAUCAAAAUGUAAUCUACUUCAGCUGCCUGCUGAACUCUGCUCAUUGAGGGUGCCUCCUAAUGCACUUUAAAUUUUGAAAGACCUCUCCUACCUACUCAGAGAACGGCAUUUUUCAAACUGUACUACAUUUCUGAAUUUGGCUAAUUUUAUGAUAUCAGGUUUGCCCUGGAUCAUUAUAUUGAUUUUGUAUCGAACUUGUUUUUUCUAACCGUGAUGUAAGAUACAGUCUGGGAUAAUAGCCUCAGUGAAAUCCAGUUUUUAUUUCUCAUGUGGGUCCCAUCUGUUUCCAUCCUGCUGUGUUUAUUUCAAAACGUAAUAAAACAUAAUUUACAACUGAAAAGGAAGUCUAACUAUAAUUUCCAUUAUAUUAUGAUGUUAUGCAAAGAAAACUUGCCAAAGUAAUUUAACAUUAUGCUUGAUGAAGUGAAAUCCAAUUAUCAACUGAAACUUUCUUCAUGUUUACAGAAGCUGGAAAAUUAUGUUGAGCUGCAAAUGAAAAAAAAAAAAAAAAAAAAAAAAGAAAACACUUAAAUGUGAUGAAUGGAUGUAGGAGAUAUUUGCAAAAGAACAUUUAAAUAUGGUAAUUGUCUACUCUGGUUGGUCCAUAUUUAUUAUACAUUCAAAUUGUUAUCUACUUAAAAUAAAGUGUCAUGUGACAU